GAGAAAAUUUGGCAGCAUCAUUGUGGAUUGCUCCUCUAAAAAAAAUUCUUCAGCAAUAUUUAUGGGGGUUGGUCCCCUAAAAUAGAAACUUGUAAACAAUCAAAAUCUGCUAUUGAUCAUGCCCACAUGACACCUACAAGCAAGGCCAGCCUUUAGGCAAGUCUCUUUUUACCGAUUGUCCCCGCAUUUUUUCCUGUUUACCGUCCCUGGUAAAUGCAUGAGAAAAGAGAGAACGUAUAGCAUUUGACUCUCAAUUCUUGUUCCUCCCCCUUCCUCUUGACUCUCUAACCAACAUUCUAUCAUUCUCUAAGAUCUCUAUUUCUGUACUUUUCAUCAUGAGGAAACUCUGUCCAAAUAUUGAUAGAGAAGAUGGCCUUGAGACUGUUCUUGAGAUCCCAAUACCGGAAGAAAUGUACACUAACAUGGGUAGCAAUGCCGAAUUACGCUGGCAAAAUAUGCUUACAUGGAUGAGGGCUCAAACUUCCGACAAAUUGUCACAACCGGUUAUUGCAGCGCGAAUUAAUGAGCUAAGAUUCCUUCUUUACAUGGUUGGAUCUCCUCUUAUUCCUCUUCAAGUGCAAGUUGGCCAUUCGGUUCACAAACCUGUCAAAGAUUGUUCAAUUCAAGCUUCAACAGCCAAAUAUAUUGUGCAACAAUACAUUGCAGCUACAGGAGGACAAGCAGCAUUAAACGCAGUGCACAGCAUGUGCGUAACUGGUGAGGUGAAAAUUAAGGCAUCAGAAUUUCAUGAAGGGGAGCAGACCAUAAACGUGAAAGGCAGCGAGGAAACAGGUGGAUUUGUGCUUUGGCAGAAAGAUCCGGACUUGUGGAUGUUAGAGCUUCUUGUGUCAGGAUGUAAGAUGAUAUGUGGAAGCAAUGGCAAGAUCUCAUGGAGGCAUUCUUCUAAUCAACGAAAGCCGAUUUCAAAGGGUCCUCCUAGACCCUUGCGCCGAUUCUUGCAGGGAUUGGAUCCCAGGUCCACAGCAAACUUAUUUAUAGAUGCAACCUGCAUUGGAGAGAAACUAAUAAAAGAUGAGGACUGCUUUAUACUCAAGCUAGAGACAAGUCCAGCAAUUCGGGAGGCGCAAAGUGGUCCUAACUACGAGAUAAUUCACCAUACAAUGUGGGGAUACUUUAGCCAGAGGUCAGGCCUCUUGAUUCAAUUUGAGGACUCAAGGCUGAUAGGAUUGAGAACGAAAGACGGUGAGGAUAUAUUUUGGGAGACGAGCGCAGAAUCGAUAAUGGAUGAUUAUAGGUACGUCGACGGUGUCAACAUAGCACAUAGUGGUCAGACUCGUGUCACGGUCUUCAGAUACGGAGAGCAAUCUGCAAACCACAAGAGAGAAAUGGAAGAACACUGGAAGAUUGAUGAGGUAGAUUUUAACAUAUGGGGUUUGACAACAGAGCAGUUUCUACCUCCUUCAGACCUUGAAUUAUGAGAAACAAUGGCUGAACAUUACAAUUGAAGUGAGAUUCUUGUUUGUUGUUUAUGAGAAGAAAUGAGUAAACAAAUAAUUGUGUAAAGACCACCAGCAAAGUGAGAAAAAGAAUUGUAUUGACACAAGGAAAUAUAGAAGUUGAUAACAUAUGUAUUAAUCUGCAGAAAAAGUUUCGUUUUUGUAAGAAGGUUAGCAGGGAAAAUGGGAUAAUUAGUUCUGUCCAUUUAAUCCUUAAUUUAGCCAGUGGAAAUAAGCAAAAUUUAUGAA